AUGGCUGGAAUGACGCACGGCACAGUGGCACACCUUGAGUAUCACUCCGCAAUCCUUGAUAUUCUCGCAGGCCGGGAAUUAUUACUUCUUGAGAUUGAAACCAACACGGGGCAAGUCAACUAUGUUGUCACACGGGUAUCAUCUGGCGCAAGCCCAUCGAAGUGGGACGACUUAGUUUGA